CUUGGAAUGGAGCCCGAGGUAAAGCGCCUUAAAACGGACAAAAAAUCUAUGAAAAAUGGCGUGGCUGAUGAGAAAUUUAUCAUCUCAGACGAAUUUUCGGAUUCUGAGAGAAGCAACACCGAUAAUCGUGGCGAUCGGGCAGAACGCGCGCCCGACGCGGGAAAUGAGCAACUUCUGGUCUGUAAACAUGGUCUGGAGUGCAACGAAAUAGAUUUGAUCCACUUUGCAGAAUUCUGGCAUCCGACAGAUACAAAACUAGAAGAUUAUGAAAAUAACAACGUGGAGGCCGGAAAAUAUGAAGAAGAGGAAUGCGAUGUGGUGGAGUUGCCGAAUUACCAGGUUGAAUGCACCCAACCGGUUUUCGACGACGAGGAUUAUUCUGACGCUGAGGAAGAAAAUGACAAAGAUGAUAAAUUCUUCCCGUCAAAAUCACGCGAAGAGCAUUCAAGUGGCGAUAGUUUGGGAUCGCAAUUGUCAAGAAACGACACAGUUUUAAGUCGUGGUCCCAGCAUCGUAAAGUGCUACUCUCUUCUUUCCGAAUCCGAACGCCGGGAACUCAUAAGAAGGGCCUUUGAAAUGAAAGAUCUCUUGAAAAAGGAACUUGAUAAAACGUUAGAAAUUAUUGACGAGAAGAACAAAGAGCUCAGACGGGUGCAUUCUCAGCUAGAGAGAGGGCAACUGAUGGUUGAUGGAGAAAAGGAGGCUUUGGAUAAAGAUGACUUGUGCUAUUUUCCACUUUUUGCUGAGAGGGAGUACAAAGAGGGAUNUUCGAUCUUUUUUUUUUUUAAUCUCACAGAAUCUCAGUUCUAUAGACUUGUUGAUACAACAGAUAAGUAUCGUGUUACCAAGGUGGACUACGUAGUGAACCCAGUUAUGAUAAGAAGAUUCCAGAAAGCCCAACAGAAGCUGAAAGAAGUUCGUGGAGAGAAGAUGUCGUACCCUGUGUUAGCUUUCCAUGGGACAAAAGAGACCAACAUUCAUUCUAUUUGUGAUACAGGAUUCAGGGUUCCUGGAGAGGCAAACUUUGAGCAUGCAACUGAUAUAGGAGAUUAUGGCCGGGGUGUUUACUUCAGUGAGUAUCCUUCAUAUUCAAUGAAAUACAUCCGAGGUGCAUCAAGGCUCCUUCUCUGUCAGGUGCUCCCUGGCAAAGUCUAUGGAUGUACCAAACUGAUCCAUGGGGAGCCCCUGGAGAUGGGUCAUGACUCUCACACCUCCCCUGACAGUAAAGAACUGGUCAUUUUCAACUCUCAUCACAUCCUCCCCUCUUAUGUUGUUCAUUAUGGUGAAGCUAAUGGUGACUUUUCAUAUGAAGAUACUAAUGUGUAACUGAAGGUUUAUUGUAUUUCCUCAAAGAAGCACCCAUGUUCUGAAAAGCACCCUCCAUUUGUCAAACAUCCAUACCCUCGGCCAAAAUAUCAAACAAGCACCCUGCCCUUCUCUCUCACUUUCUUAAUUAGUAAGGAAACAAGGAAAACCUGUUUCUAUUGCCACCUUUUUUAAUAACUUUUCAACCUUCAACUACAGCUGAACCAGUAUAAGAGAAUAGUUUCUUAAUAAGCACCAUCCUCAAAUAAGUACUCUCCAUCCCACAAGUGCUGUCCUUUCAAUAAGCUCCCUCCUUCCAGUAAGAGCCUUCUAUCCAAUAUACUACCUCCGUCCAAAAGCACUCCUCCUUUUAGGUGAAAAAUUAAAUUAUAAAAUAAUUCAAAUAGUACGCGUGCUCUGAUUGGCCAUAAAACCAUUUUACAUGAGCAUAUGUAAACAUGGUUUUCAUUCCUCUUUCAUUAGUUAUUUUAUAA